GCCUCAGCCACAGCGGGGCGGGGAGAGGUGGGGAGAGAUGCUUGUCUGUGAGCAGCGACUCGGGCUGGCAGAGCAGCCUGGAGGCGGGCCAGGGCGCCAUGGAGGCAGGGGGCUCCCCAGGUUUGGAACAAAGACCUCACACGCAGGCCCCCUGAUCAGGCCAGCCGGAUGGCGGUGGAGCUGGAGAGAGGCCACAGGUAGGAUGGCGGGAGCUGAGAGGAACCAGCGGUGACUCUGGUGCUCACAGUGGCCAGUGCGUCUUUCUCCUGAAGAUGAAGUGGCCCAGGUGAAGUGCAGGCCAGGCCCGAUGGCCAGCUCGGGGACAGAAGUCCACUGGGCCGAGCCAGGCCUGGGGAAGGCGCCCCGGCGGCGCUGGGCCUGGGUGGACGAGGACAAGGAUCCCAGUGGCUGUGGCACAAGCAGCUGGGGAGAAGAAAGGCCCUUUCCCAACACCAGCAGCCCUGAGCUCCUGGAGGAUUUUCGCCGGGCCCAGCAGCACCUGCAGUCACUGGAGUGGAACCAGCACCCUCAGCCUGAGGGGCACCAGGAUUCCGAGUCUGAGUCUACAGGAGAGGAGUUCGAACCAGAGGAUGUGGACAGCCCAGGAAGUUCCUGCUCGCCUCCCCACUGGCUCCCUCAGCAGGAUCCUCAACCAGACAUGACUGAAGACGAGCCAGUUGAGACCCUCAGAGAUAAUGAGACUGAAGAAACUGGAGGUAGCCCCCCCAGGUUGGGGUAUGAGACUUACCUUGGCUCGGGGGACAGUGAAAACGGCAGCCCCAGGACCGUGGGAUGGGGUCAGACCACAGACCGAGUGGCCUCUGGCAAACAAGCCAAUGGAGACAAACUUUCAGAACAUUCUGAGGUCAACCCAACUGUUGACCUCAGUUUUGCAAGGUCCUGGAGCAGUGGAACUGUGAGCCUCGACAACCCUUGCGACAGCCUUGGUUCUACCUGGGAAGAAGAGACCGAUGUCCCCCAGCCUGCUGCUCUGGCAGAAACUUUACCACCGAGUCCCAGUCACCACCUCCUAAACCUAGAUGACAGAAAUGGAGGAAGCGUUACUCUGGCAACUGCCACGGAAUUCCAGGACUCCUCAGCAUCCCCAACCCAGAGUCCCGAGAGUCCUGCAGAUAUAUGGAGGAGAGAAACUACCAGCCUCUCCUGCCCUCAGUCUGGGGACCAAGCCUGGAAGCGGACACGGAUAUCACCUAAGCCUCUCCCUUCCCGAUUCACCGGCUCCAUCAGCCCUCAGAAUCAUCCUCGACCCAGACAAAUUCGUCAGGGCAGGCUGCCACCCAGGCAGGGAACCACUCUGGCUAGCCACUCAGCUUCUGAUGUCCCCAAGUAUGGCCGGGGGCGGCUGAACCACCCACUCCCUGAUUUAUCCAAGGUGGGACCCCGGGUGAGGUUCCCCAAAGAUGAGAGCUACCGACCCCCCAAGGCCAGGGGCCACAGCAGGCCUCAAGGCCCCACCAAGCCACUAAUCUUCAAAUCGCCCGCUGAGAUUGUGCGGGAGGUACUCUUGAGCAGCGGGGAAACCUGCCUGGGAAAAGACCCACCUCCUGCCCACCCUGUCACCAAGGUACCCCAGGAAUUCCAGACGCCUGAACAAGCCACCAGACUGGUCCUUCAGCUCCAGGAGGAUUACCACAAGCUCCUCACCAAGUAUGCUGAGGCUGAGAACACCAUCGACCAGCUGCGCCUUGGGGCCAAGGUGAACCUGUACUCGGACCCACCUCAGCCAAGCCACAGCAUCCACCUGGGCACUGUACCCCAAGGGACCAAGGUCAUGUCCUUUACCAUCCCGCAGCCCCACUCUGUGGAGCGGUGGUCAGGCCCUGCUGAGACCCCACAGGCCUCAGAGUCCUCAGGCUGUCCAUCAGCUCAUGGAGACCUGAUCACCUCACCCAUCAACGUGGCCACCCCAAUGUGGCUUCCAGAGAACCAAGGCAUUGCCAAGGACCAGCCCUUCACUGAGCGUACCCAAGCACUAGCUUCUCAGGCCAGUCAGUUCCUGGCCAAGGUGGAGUCUUUUGUAGACCUGAUGCAGGCAGGACGGCUCACACCCCGGGACCAACUCAAGGGUUUCCAGUUGCUAAAGGCUGCCCAUGCGGCCCUGGAGGAAGAAUACCUGAAGGCCUGCAAGGACCAGCAACUGGCCCAGCAGCCAGCCGGCUCCACGGGAACUCCUGGGCAAUUUGAUCCUGGCAGGGAGCUGGAGGCAGAGAUAUUCCAGCUGGGAAUUCGUCUAGAAGAACUGCAGGACCACAUGGACCAGAGCCAGCAGGCCCCCGAGGGAGCCGGGUCAGACCUGCCUCUGGGGAGCCCCCCAGUCACACCCUGCCCCUACCAGCCAAGGUGCCCACCCUCUCCUUCGGCACACGGCCCCACGCCAAUCACCCAGACCCUCUGCUCUGAGUCCGACGCCACCUGCACGGACCCCCGCCCAUCACACAUGAACCCGGAGAUGAGCUCUGCCAGCAGUGAGGUGGGAGACAGGACACUGGGCCUCCCAGCCCCCCUCAGAUGCAAGGAGCUGCAGAUGGAGCAAGGCUUCCAUGGCCUGCUGGAGCGGUACCUCAGUGUGAAGUCCCUUCCAGAAGCCAUGAGGCUGGAGGAGGAGGAGCAGGUCUGCACGGAGGACAGAGCAGCUCCCACUCCAGCGAAAGCCGAGGCCAGUGCCCUCCCUGUGGUGCAGGCUGAGAGAGGUCACGGGCCCCUUCUUGAGGAGACCAUGGAGCAGAUGGCAUCUGUGAAUCCACUGGGUUUCCACACACCUGGCAUCAGAGACCGGCACCCAUCAGGCCUGGGCAAGGCAGAGGCCACUCCCCCAGGCCCUGGCAGGCCACCCCACCCUCAGGGCACCAAGUCCUCAGGGUCGCACAAGAGCAGUCUCACCAGCCUAGAGGGAAGUGGCAUCUCUGAGCACCCUCCACAGAAGUCUCUGCACCACACUGGCAGGCCCCAGCUGGAAGAGACCUGGAUGGCAUCCCCGGAGACAGACAGUGGCUUUGUGGGCUCAGAAACCAGCAGAGUGUCACCCCUCACCCAGACCCCAGAGCACCGGCUCUCCCACAUCAGCACCCCAGGGAUAUUAGCCCAGCCCUUCACGGAUUCUGUGCCCCGGGAAAGAGCCUCCCACCCCCAGACCAGGGGUCCUCGGGUCCCCAGAAGAGUCACUGAGCCCAGCACACCCAGAAGCCGAGCCCAGAGGCACCUCUCCGCCCGGGGCAGUCCUCUCCCGCAGAAGACACCCAGCUUCCCCCCAGAGCCGACGCUAGCUACAGAGAUGGGUUCAGAGUUUGAGAGACAAAAGCGGAUUUCUGAACAGCACCCUGCCAGCAGGACCGUCAGCCCUCCCACCGCCUCGAUCCCAGACAUCCCAGCCCAUGCAGCCCUGCCCCAUGGACCAGCAGAGACCACUCCUGGCUUCCUCUUCACCAGAUCAGGGCGAGACCAGGCCAUCCGAGAACUGCAAGAGGAGGUGUCUCGGCUCCGCCUGCGGCUGGAGGACAGUCUGCAUUGGUCACCCCAAAGCAGCCCGACACGCCCAGUGUCCACCUUUGACCGCCCCACCCGGGCCCGGGACCGGCCAGCAGAUGCCUCAGCUGCUUGGAGCACCCACUAUGGCAGUAAAUCCACAGAGAGGUUGUCUGGCGAGCCUGGAGGUGCAGAAAAAGCUGUCCCUACAGGAAGGCGGCGAGCCAGGUCUUCUUCGAUGCCUCGGGAUGUGCCCCGACUGUCCCUGAGUUCUGAAUCUGAGCCAGCCUCUCCCCGGCUAUUCUCUGAGAAGAGCAGGACCGCCGAGGACAGUCCACAGGCAACUUGGGACAGAAAGAGAGGAGUGGGCAGCGCUGGACGGCCAGACAGGGUUACCUUCUUGGGCCAGUACACAGGCCAGGAGUACCAUGUUCUGACCCCCAAAACUGUCCCAAGAGGCAGUGGCACAGUCUCUUGUACCCACAGCCGACCCGUUAGGACCCAGGAUGCAGGUGGUGCUGCACCCAGGGACCCCCUGGCACCAACUCUCACUGAUACCCUGCGAUGUCCCCUGUGUGGUCUAGUUGGGUCCCCCUUAGAGGGAGCCAGCCUGGACUCAGCCACCUCUGGGACAGAGAAGGCCACCAUGAAAAAAAAUGCAUCUGCAACAUCCAGCCCCAAGCAGAGGAACAAGCGAGCAGGGUCACCGCCCCGGCCAGCCCCUGGACUGUGGUAUCUGGCAGCUGCACCCUCGACACCAGCCCCUCCCGCCUUUGCCUACGUCUCCUCAGUUCCCGUCAUGCCCUACCCAUCAGCCACCAUGUACUUCGUGCCCCCUGGAUCUACCUCAGCCCCCUCAGCCCAGCAGGCCGCAGAGUGGCCCCCCACAGCUUCCUCUCGGCCGUCCAGGACUCACCGGCGCUCCAUCCAGCUGGACCUGGAGGACCUGAGGGAGCUCAACAAGGCCCUGAGCCAAGCAGUGCAGGCUGCCGAGAGUGUCCGCUCCACCACCAAGAAGAUGAGCCGCUCCCUGUCUGCAGACCUGCGGCUUGCCCGCGGCCUGCGCGGCUCCUGCCUCUUCUGAUUCACAGGCUCAGAGGGGGCAGCCUCAGAUGGCACCUAUGACCAGGUGUUGGGCAGGCCACUGCUGUUCCCCAGGCCAGGAGCUGGCCGGAGCCUCUCCCGAAGGCCCCCCAGACGCCUCAUGAGGAGGGGGUGUCCUGCCUGGUCUCGAUUUUCCUAAUGGAGGGACAUCCAGUUAUCAAGGGAAGUAACUUCCCAGGGGCCAGCACCUGGAGGGGGUGCCGGGAUAUCGCCGCCUCUGUCCUGAUGCAAUAUCUGGGAGUCUUAUCUAGUCCUCCUCCACAGCCCACCUCCUGCUAAUAAUGUGUAUUUUAUGUACAAAUGGACAGUUUUUUUAAUGCAAGCUUUCCUGGUCUGGGAGCCUCCUCAGGAGGUCAGAUAAGAAGGGAAAGACCAGGGUCGCUGGCACAAACCGAACCCCUGCCUAUGACCAGCCACUCCAGAGUAAGAGUUUCUGCGGUGGGAAUGUUCUCCUGGAGACUGGUGGUCUGUAGGCCAUUUUGAGGCCACUGGGAUAUCGGGCCUCAGGAUAUGCUCCAGGCUUCUCCACAGUGGGAGAGGCCUUCCCCAUAGUCCCCCUCGGUACCUCAUCCUGAGCCCCCAGGCCUGCCCCUGGGACACCUGUGGAAUCUGGUGAAUGGCCAGCUACCUGCCACCCGAUCUGUGGACAUGAGGCCAGCCUUCUCCUGCUCCCCCAGCCCCUAGCAGUACGGACCUCAGCAUUUUCUAGAAUGUGUGUGCAUCAGUGAUGUUUGUAUAUUUGAAGCAUUUAAAGUUCUAUUUUCGUUAUGAGGACAAAUGAAGUAACUGUUGAUCUGAAAUAAAGAAAAGGCUACAAAAAAUCAUUCCCAAACUCGCC